AUGUCUUUGUUUAUUCGAUUUGAGUUAUACAGUUCUGGAUCGCGGAUCAUUUGUACAGAGACGAUAGCUACUUAUAAUGUGAUAAUAACGAUACAUGGCCUAGCUAUGAUCUUUAUGUUCUUAAUGCCUGCUUUGUACGGAGGAUAUGGUAACUUCUUUGUACAAUAUAUAUUGGUGUUCGGAAGUCGUUUUCCCAAGACUAACGCGAUCUCCUAUUUUCUAGUACCAUUAGUGAACUCUUUUGUCUGA